UCUGGCAUUCCUUGUUUGUCCAGAGCUUAUCAUCGUGUAAUUCGUGUUGUAUUAGAUUUUGUUAGAAUCUUCAACAUGAAGAACGUUUUGCCCAGAGAAUAUGGAUAUGUGGCGCUGACUGGAACAGCAGCAUGGGCGUUAAUGAUGUGGAUGAGUGUUAUCAAUGUGAAUAAAGCCAGGAAGAAAUAUGAUGUGCCGUUCCCAAAAAUGUACAGUGAUGAAAAUCAGAUAUUCAAUUGCAUCCAACGUGCUCACCAGAAUACUGUAGAGCAACUGCCACAAUUCUUAUUUCUGCUUGGUCUUGGUGGAGUACAACAUCCGAAAUUCGCAUCUGCAUGUGGAAUGCUUUGGGUACUGGGGCGUAUUGCUUAUGCAAAAGGAUACUAUACGGGCAAUCCAGCUAACAGGACAAGGGGAAGAUUUGGACAUUUUGGAAUGCUGGGACUGGUCGGUUCUACAGUAUCAUUUGCUCUUCAUCAGCUAGAAAUUUUAGAUUGAGAAAAUGGUCUCUUUGCCUAUAUAACAUUGAAGAAAUGUGCAACUUGUAAUCUCAUAACCUGAGUAAUUUAAUGUCCUCACAAUGAAAUUACAUUUAUCACAAGUCAAAUGUUCUACCAUAAAUUAAAAAUCAUCAAAGGUGCCACAUAUUGGCUCUUCUAAUCCAUAUCGAGGUUUCCUUUUUUUUAUGUAGUUAGCGAAUUGAAUACCUAAUCCUGCAUUUCCACACGAUUAGAUUACUGGCAAUGUAAGUUCCUCGCAUACUAUAAUUAUCAAGUACUUUUUCUUUUAUUUGAAAUUGCUAUUAUUAUGCAAUAUUUGUUCUCAAAAUUACAAUGCUAGUUCAAUAAAGUAUUUCUUCAGUAGAACCUUUUUGGUCUAGAGAGCCAUAAAAUAAACAUAUUUUUAAUUGCA